UUCCCGCUUGCUCUGCGGAGACAGCAGGCAGAGAGGUAAGCUUGACCCAGCUACACGCGCCGCCUGCCUCCCCCCACCUCCCGGAGAACUCCCACCCUCCGCCAGCAUCCCCAACCCGGACCGUGUCCAGCCUGGGCGGGACGCCUGCACCUGAGCCUUGGGCUUUAAGAGGGAUCCGUGAUGCCGAGCUGUGAUCGCUCCUGUAGCUGCAGCCACGGCUCCAACGUGGAGGAUGGCAAGUGGUAUGGGGUCCGCUCUUACCUACACCUCUUCUAUGAGGACUGUGCAGGCACUGCUCUCAGCGAUGACCCCGAGGGACCCCCAGUCCUAUGCCCCCACCAAUCCUGGCCCUCGCUCUGCUGGAAGAUCACCAUGUCCUUAGGAACGCUGCUUCUGCUGCUGGGUGUGGCAGCCCUGACCACCGGCUAUGCAGUACCCCCCAAGCUGGAGGGCAUCGGUGAGGGUGAGUUUCUGGUAUUGGAUCAGCGAGCAGCCGACUACAACCAUGCCCUGGGCACCUGCCGCCUGGCAGGCAUAGCACUCUGCUCGGCAGCUGGGAUCCUGCUGGCCAUCUGUCUCUUCUGGGUCACGACGGGCUGUCUGAGCCAGGACACCAAGACAGAGCCCUUGGACACUGAAGGGGAUGGCCAUGUGGAGAUCUUCGGGGAGGAGCCAGAGCAGCAGCUGUCCCCCAUUUUCCAGGAUGCCAGUGGCCAGUCGUGGUUCUCACCCCCUGCCAGUCCCUUUGGACUGCAGUCUUCGGUGCAGACCAUCCAGCCCAAGCGGGACUCCUGAGCUGCCCAUAAGGCCAGAGGAGGAGCCAGACUUGAGGUCUGGACCUAACCUCCUCCCCCCGACACCCGGCCCUACCAUUGAUUCCCCACUACUCCCUUUCAGCAAAGGCCCUUUUACUACAUAUUCAAGCUCCCAGAAGGUCCACCUCCAGAUCAAGUCUGAAGUUCACAUCCCCUGCCUCUUCCCUAGGGGUAGGACCCCAACUCAUCCAAAAUGCCAGCCUUCCUCAAGUUCCCCCAAGACUUCCUAUCUGUUCCUCCUUCCAAAGGUCCUUCCGGGGUAGUAGGCGCCUCCCUCAACCCAUCCCCACUCUCCUCUGUGUGGCCUUGGGCGAGCCCCUUGUCUUUUCCAGCCAUAAGUUCCUGCCUCUCUGCUACUAAGGGUUUGGAUGAGAUUGGAGUUCUAUGAUGUUCGUAGUCCCAUGGGAUGUAAGCACCACACUCCAAAGACAGGUGGGGGCAGGGUAAAGGAUCAUUCUUCUCAGAGUGAAUCACUCAGACUGCGUCCAGGACGGUGCCAACCUUCAUAGUGUGCUCCUGUCUGGUUUUUGGCUUCAGAGCCCCACAGUCCACCACCAAGGGCAAUUAUUCAGUCCAGCUUAGAGAUGGGUGAGGGAGGUGAGAGGUGAUGUGUCCAAGAUCACACAGUAAAGUGGUCUGGGGGAGCUAGAACCCAAUGGGUAAGGCCCAUCCUGGGUCAGUUCUAGUUAUGUGCUGAAACAGAACCCCAUACCUUCCUGGCUCCCAGGAAAUCCCCAAGGCUGAAGACAGAUUUGGCCCAGAGAGAGUAGCUGGAGGCCUGAUGACCCCACAUGGCUCCAGAGAUACUUUGGAUCUGGAUUUAAAUGGUCUCUAAGAGCCAAAGAGCAGGAGAAGUGGGAUGUUUUUGUCCUUCAAAAAUCUGCUGAUCUUGUGUGGUGCCUGUGGCUCAGUGAGUAGGGCGCCGGCCCCAUAUACCGAGGGUGGCGGGUUCGAACCCGACCCCGGCCAAACUGCAGCAAAAAUAGCCGGGCGUUGUGGUGGACGCCUGGAAUCCAAGCUACUUGGGAGGCUGAGGCAAGAGAAUCGCCUAAGCCCAAGAGCUGGAGGUUGCUGUGAGCUGUGACGACACGGCACUCUACCAAGGGUGAUAAAGUGAGACUCUGUCUCUUAAAAAAAAAAAAAAAAAAAAAAGUCGGCCUAUCUAGAAACCAAUAGCGCCAAACUCUAAAGUCGACCCUGACCUGAUAACAAAUGUGCCCCAGGGAGGAGAGGGAGCCCUCGCCCCUCCUGCUCCCAGCCAGAGGUGUCAUAUCUUCUCUAUACCAAUAGGGGGAGCUCCAAGGCAGCUGGAGAGAAGCCUCAGGCUCCGGCCCGCCCCUCCCCUCAGUCUUCGUCCAGCCUGGGAAGUUCAGGGAGGGGCCUCAGUCUUCCUUCAGGCUGGACUUUCAGUUUUUGGGUUCCAAGCCCCCUCCUCAUCCGGCACCCCUACCAUCCCACCUUCCCUUCAAUAAACAGCUGGGGCUUAUUGUACCCUCAAUGAAUCCCCAACAAUAAAAAAUAAUAAUAAUAAAAAAAAAUAAACAGCUGGGAUGGAUGUUGACUUUGCUUCCUUUCUCCCUGGCUACGGAGACAUGGGGAAGGAGGAAAAAUAGAUGGUUAAGAGCACCUAGUCUGUGCUGGACGCCUAAAUCCAUUAUUUCUCAUUUGCUCCUGAGGAUAGCCCUUUGAGAGACAGUAUUGUCUUCAUUUUACAGAUGCAAUGACGAAUGGCCAAUGGGGUGAAGUCCUUUCCCUAAGACUUCCCGGGAGUGGAUUUCAAUGCUAGGCAGAUCUGUCCGUUGCCUGAGAGUGUGGAACUCCUGCCCCUGGGGAAGAAGGAUAUUCCUCAGCCAUCCUGAGAACUUACUGCCCCCAUCCCUGAGAAGAAUGUGAGGGCUAGAGCCGAGGGUGGGAUCUUUUCCAGGGGCCUGUUGUCAUUUACCAGGGUACAGGCCCUGUUCUCAGUGCCUUGCAGACAGGAAUUCAUUUAAUCUCUGACAGCCUAUGAAGUGGGGACUCUUUUUUUUUUUUUUUUUGUAGAGACAGAGUCUCACAUACCGCCCUCAGGUAGAGUGCCGUGGCAUCACACAGCUCACAGCAACCUCUAACUCUUGGGCUUACGCGAUUCUCUUGCCUCAGCCUCCCGAGCAGCUGGGACUACAGGCGCCUGCCACAACGCCCGGCUAUCUUUUUGUUGCAAUUUGGCCGGGGCUGGGUUUGAACCCGCCACCCUCAGCAUAUGGGGCCGGCACCCUACUCACUGAGCCACAGGCGCUGCCCUGAAGUGGGGACUCUUAUUCCCACACCUGGCUCCUAAACUCCAGACUUGCAUUCCCAUCUCCAUUCACCCAGAUGUUGACUGCCAACUCUCCCAACCUGUUCUCCUGUUACCCCUUCCAAACCUGCCCUUGCUAUCUUAGUGACUAGCAGCUCCAUCCUGUUGGCUGCUUCAGCCAAAACCUUGGAGUCAUCCUUAACUCCUCUUUUUCCUCACACCCUGAGUCUAACCCAUGAGCAAGUCCUGACUACUCAACCUUGGAAACAUAUCCUGUACCCAGCCACCUCUCAAAUGCCAUGUCUAGCUCACUGGUCUAAGCCACCUUCACCUGCCAGCUGGAUUAUUAUACCAGUUUCACCCUGGUCUCCUGGCUUCUGACUUCCGCACUCACCCCAAUUCCCCAAGACUAAUCCCUACAGAGCAGCUGGACAGACCUGUUAGAACAAAGUUAGGUCAUGUUCCACCUCUGCUUGGAACCCUUCCAUGGCUCCCACCUAACUCUUCCUGUGGCCUACAAGACUCUACACCAUUUACUGAUGCUCCCCUUCCUCAGUAACCUCAGCUCCCACCACUCAGCCUGUUCCUGUUUUCUCUCCAGUCAGAAUGGGCUCCAGUGGCUCAACUCAAGCCUUUGCCUAGCUGUCCUCUCUCUUAGUGUGGUAAACUGCCUCACUAACCAUGAGGUCAUUUCCCUAGCGUGUUCAAGUCUUUGCUCAAACACAUCACCUUCUCAGCGAGGCCUUCCCUGCGCAACCUAUUUAAAAAAUGUGGGCCAGUGAGGUGGCUCACAACUGUAAUCCUGGCACUCUGGGAGGCCGAGGUGGGAGGAUUCCUUGAGCUCAAGAGAGCAAGACUGAGACUGUGUCUGUACUAAAAAUAGAAAAAAAUUAGUUGGGUGUGUAGUCCCAGUUACUUGGGAGGCUAAGCCAGAGGAUCUGUGAGGUUGCUGUGAGCUGUGAUGACACCUUUGCAAUCUACCCAGGAUGACAGAACAAGACCUGUCUCAAAAAAAUACAAACAAAAAAAUGCUACCAUACACCCAUUUCUCUGUUCCCUGUGCACAUUGGACUUUAUUUUUUGCUUUCCACAGGAUUUAUCACUUUUCUGUGUAAUUAUCUAUUUGCAUCAUUGUUUGUUACCUGUCUACCACAACCACACAGAAGCUCCACAAGAGGAAGGAUUUUUAUUUGCUUUGUUUACUGACAUAUCCCGAGUGCCUAGAACAGUGCCUGGAACAUAGUAAGAUACAAAAAUAAAAAUUUGUUAAAUAAAUCAGUCUUAGUUUUACAGAUAAGGACCCGAGGCUUUAAACAAUUUGCCCAAGAACGCAUAGCUAGUAAGUAGCAGAGCUGGGGUUUGUAUAUAGGCAGUGGGGCUUCAGGGGUCAUAGCCCAUGUCUCAUAGACUCCCCUAAGUUUGAAGGCCAGAGCUGGAGAUACAACAUGAAGUGCAAACAAGUGUACCCCAAUGUUUGUUGCCAUGUAGAAACAUGAACACAGUGUUAACAGAUUUUUGUCUAGAGGAAUUAGGAAUCCAGAUUUUUAUGUGAAAUUUGGAGUCAUCCUGUUCUAAAAUAUUAUUAUUUUGGGGAUCGGGCAUGGUGCCUCAUGCCUGUAAUCCUAGGACUCUGGGAGGCUGAGGUGGGUGGGUUGUGUAAGCUCAGGAGUUCAAGACCAGCCUGAACAAGAGUGAUACCCUGUCUCUACUAAAAAUAGAGAAACUAGCUGGGCGGACUGGUGCAUGCCUGUAGUUCCAGAUACUUGGAAGGCUGAGGCAAGAGGAUUGCUCAAGCCCAAGAGUCUGAGGUUGCUGUGAACUGUGAUGCCACAACACUCUAACCCAGGGCAACAGAGUGAGACUCUGUUUCAAAAAACAAACAGACCGAAAAGAAAACUUAGUGUGUGACUCAAAAUUUGACUAAGAAUUCUGCAAGACAAAGCAUUUCCCGGGCAGUUUCAAUCCAUGAGCAGCCAAGUGUGACCUCCAACCUGAACACUCUGGUUUGGUGCCCUGGCUGAGCAGGCCCAAGGACAGAAUUUCACAGGGGGCAGAUAGCUCAGGAGACUGACGGAGACACCCAACCCAGAAUGUCUAUGGCACAUCAGCUUUCUUUCCUAGCUGCCACCUGAGAAGCCAACCUUGUCAGUAACCCAACAAAUCCCAGGGCUCCACACAGCCCCGUCCCACACAGCACCCCACUUCAGAGAAGCAGAAUCCAGUAACCAAAAUUAAUUCCCAAUAAUGCCAACUGCCCAUUGAAUCCCUUGAAGAAUGUCAAAGGAAGUUCUGUUCCACUCAUACAUUGCUAGUGGGGGAUAUGUCUUGGGUUCAAUAGUGUUUUCAAAAAUUUAUGAUCAAGGCUGGGCAAAAUGGUUCACACCUGUAAUCCUAGCACUCUGGAAGACUGAGGCAAGUAGAUCUGUUGAGCUUAGGAGUUCGAGACCAGUGUGAGCAGAGAAAGACCCUGUCUCUACUAAAAAUAGAAAAAUUAGCCGGGUGUUAUAGUGGGCACCAUAGGCUCAGCUAUUUGGGAGGUUAAGGCAGGAGAAUGGCUUGAAGCCUGGAGUUUGAGGUUGCUGUGAGCUAGACUGAUGUCAAGGCACUCUAGCCUGGGGUACAGAAUGAGACUCUGUCUCAAAAAAGAAAUAAAAAGUUCAUAAUUACCUAGAACCUAUCAAUGUGACCUUAUUUGCAAAUGGAGUCUAUGCAGAUAUAAUAAAUUAAGAUGAGGUCAUGUUGGGUUAGGGUGGGCCCUAAUCCAAUGACUGGCAUCCUUAUUAGAAGAGGGAGAUUUGACAGGUGUAUAUUAAUACAGUGGUGGUGCCAUAAAAUUAUAAUGGAGUUGAAAAAUUCCUAUUGCCUAGUGACGUCCUAGCCAUCAUAGAAUUAUAAUGCAACACAUUAUUGACAAGCGUGUAGUGAUGCUGGUGUAGACAAACCCAGUGCACUGCCAGGCAUAGCAAAGUAUAACACAUACAGUUAUGUACAGUAUACAGUACUUGACAAUGAUAAACAACUAUUUUACUGGUUUAUGUUUUCUUUACUAAAAAGAAAACAACAAGAAGAGGGAAAUUGGUACACAGACACAGACAGAGGGGACAUGGCUGCAUGAGGACAGGCAGAGACUGGAGGCAUGCAUCUGCAAGCCAAGGUACACCAUUGGUUGGUUGCCUACACUGCAGGAAGCUGGAGGAAGUAAGGAAAGAUCCUCCCUUAGAGUCUUCAGGUGGGGCUAGGCCUUGCCAACAACUUGAUUUCAGACUUCUAACCCCCAGAAGCAUGAAUGAAUACUUUUCUGUUGCUUUACGCCACCUAGAGUGUGGCAUUUUGUUAUGCCAGGCCUAGGAAACUGGUACAGGGUAUAAGUUCGUGCAGCCUACAAGGGAGGCAAUAUCAAAAUGGAAAAUACACCUGCCCUUUGAUGCCUCUCUCCUCUGCCAGUGUAUCUAUGUGCCGUAUUUUAUGUAUGGAACACAACCAUGUUACUUGUAAUAGAAAGCAUCCAGAAACAACCUAAGUGCUCACGGGCAAGGGCUAGUUAAUAAAGUAUGGCACAUGUGUGCACUGGACACUAUGUAAAGAAUGAGGAAGCUCUUUCUGUUCCUACCUGGACUGAUCCUCAAGUUACAUUGUUAGGUGAAAAGUGCAGGGUGAAGAGCACUCUGACUACUUUUCUUCCAUUUGAGUAAAUAGAAGAAUGUUCUA